GAUUCUCCUUCGACGCCUUACCAAACUCGAGCGAAGAAGAAAGGCCGCGAAGAUGGAGCCAAGCUGGAGGGACAAGGCUCUGUAUCCGAUCCUGGGCGGCAUCACCGUCCUCCUCAUCCUCUACCUCAACUUCGACGGGACCAGCUUCGGCUUCAGCUUCACCUUCCCGGCCCUGUGGCUCCCGGAGAUGGGCUUCGUGGGGACGAACUCGACCCGGUUCGUGGUCGCCGGGGGCGGAGGCGGCGGGGCGGGUAGGGCCAACCAGUCGGCGGUGUACGUCAAUGGGUGGAACUCGUAUUGGUUGAUGGAGGAGAGCGUGUGGGGUCAGUCGAGGGGGAGGGUCUCGGAGAUGAUGAGGCGAGGGGCCGGGAUGGGGAUGACCGUGUGCAGGACGUGGGCUUUCAGCGACGGCGAUGGACCCAACGCGCUGCAGAGGUCUCCGGGCGUUUUCGACGAGAGGGUGUUCAGGGGAUUAGAUUAUGUAAUUGUUGAAGCUCGGAGGAAUCGGGUGCGAGUAAUCCUGAGCUUAGUCAACAAUUUGAACGCUUUUGGUGGUAAAGCACAGUAUAUCAGAUGGGCACAAGAAGAUGGAGAGAACGUCUCUUCAUCGGCAGAUUCGUUUUUCUCGCAUCCCACAAUAAAGGAGUACUACAAGGCUUAUGUCAAGACGGUAGUAACAAGAAAAAACUCCAUGACUGGAGUUCAUUACUUUGAUGAACCAGCUAUUUUUGCUUGGGAGCUCAUGAAUGAACCUCGCGGUGUAUCUGAGUCGUCUGCGCCGCUUGUUCAGUCUUGGAUCACUGAGAUGGCUGCGUAUAUCAAGAGCUUAGACCAAAGACACCUUGUUACGAUUGGAGUUGAGGGAUUUUAUGGGUUGCAAACACAAGAAAAAAAUGCAGUUAAUCCUGGGGAAUGGGCAUCUUCACUUGGAACAGAUUUCCUUAAAAACUCGGCAAUUCAUGACAUUGAUUUUGCUUCUGUCCAUGCAUAUCCUGAUAGUUGGAUCCCGGAGGCCGGUUUGGACGAAAAAGUGAAAUAUCUUUCACGGUGGGUGGAUGCUCACAUACGUGAUGGGGAUGACAUGUUGAAGAAACCAGUUCUUUUCACAGAAGUUGGGUCUUCAUUGCAUCAGAAUCGACAAGAGUCAUAUCAAAGAGAUAUGUUCUUCAAGACGGUUUAUGACAAAAUAUAUGAAUCAGCAAAGAAGAGGCAAGCUGGAGCUGGAGCCUUGAUUUGGCAAUUGUUAGUAGAUGAUAUGCAAGGAUACACCGACCAAUUUUCGUUCGUGGCCUGGAAUCACCUUUCAACUUAUAAGUUGAUCAUGGAACAAUCAUGCAGGCUGAGGAGAAUGUUUGUGAAAGAAGAGACGAAUAGAAAAUAUCGCCAUAAUGAUCCAUGUCCCUCAACUGGAUCUUGAUGGCUAUUAUGUGUGAGUUAGAGCCAGUUGAAGUACCAUUUGAAUUUUGAACGGGAGGGACGAAUUCGGGCAAGUUGCUGCAAUUGUGAUUGUGUUCUUGAAAUGGUGGGAAGAGAGUUUAAAAGGUACAAAUGCAAUGAUGCUUCUUUUUUGUGAAUGCCGAUGCGGGGAAAGUGCGAAAUUGUGUGAUUUGAGGUUGUCAGUUAAAAGGGUACACAAUUGAGAAGCUACUUGUAGAAGUUCGAAAUUUGCGAUGUCUCACUUGAAAUUGCAAGGUUGCAUCUCUAUUGCCCACAUUGAUUCAAAUUUAUGUUGGUAGUUUCCUUCAUAGGUUGUUCCAACAUUUUUAUCCCCAAGUCAAAUGUUAGUGAAUAUUUGAGUGUUCAUUCUCAUCACGGUUGAUAGACCUUUUUUUUUUCCUGUCACCAACAUUUGAGUGACAUACUGAAGUUGCAUAUUAAUGUUUCAUGUAAACUUGAUUUGCUAUUAAAUGAAAUCAUCUGUCACUUGUUUCUUUA